ACCUCUGUCAUAGUAGCAGUGAACGAUUAUCUGUCUGGUUGUAACUCCUCCCUGUGGUCCCUUUCAAACCUUAAUAAUCGAGCAAAAAGAAGAAGCACCGUCCCAACUCUGCCACGACUCUUAAUGUGAAUCAUCAUGAGGACUCUUCAGCACAGAAUCAUCCUGUUUUCUAUGGUCCUGUUUCUGAUUUGUGCCAUCCAAGUUGUUUCCCUGCCUGUGCCUGAAGAGUGGAACAGUCUGAUCCAGCGGACCAAACGCUCACUGUUGUGGCGCUGGAACAGCCUGAAAUCUGCAGGUUCCAGCUGUAAAGAUCACUCUGAGUGUGCCACCAAAUUCUGCAGGAAAAAUGUCUGCUCCUUCAGGAAAUCCACAUGAUGCAGAAAAACACAUCAAACACCUGCCUCACCAACCGAUGAUCUCUGU